AUGGAGAGCGAGGUGCGGCAGUUUGCGCCGCACGAGCGGGUGUCUCGCUGUACCUUGCAGAGCUACCUGGAAGGCAUCAACUUUGAGCAGGUGGCCGCCAGUAUGGUGGCUCAGGUGAUCCUCGCCCUGCUGGGCCUGGACCUGGGCGAGGCCAGCUGCGAGGCCCCGCGCUUCGCCGCGCUGCUGGCGCGGCCCCCGGCGCUCACGCAGCAGCUGGACUUCGCCACGGCCCUGUGGGGUUCUGCAGGCGAGCCGGCGGCUGCUGUAGUGCAGCAACAUCGGCGGCAAAGUUCGCCCAACUCUCCGCGAGGUAAAGCCUCCUGA